AUGUCGUCAUUAAAGCAGAAGCUCAAGCAAAAGAAGCGCAAGCGCCCGCCGAAGCCCACCACGACGGAUGAAGACGACGACGACGACGCGUUAAUUGCCAAACUCGAGAAGAAGCUCGGCGGCCGCAAGAAGGCCAAGGACGACGACCCGCUCGCCGACCUGAUUGGUGGAGACGAUUCUUCGAGCGACGCCGAGUCUGUGGAGCAAGAGGAAACGACUGAGGCGCACUACGCGCCGAGAGAAGGCCAGGAUAUUUAUGGAAGGCCCACGGACCAGAAGUGGGUGCCGCCCUCUUUAAGAAGGCGCCUCAACAACGAAGCGCCGGCGGAGGUCGGCGACGUUUUGAGAGGCGCCCUGAACAAGGUCUCCGACACUAAUAUAGAUGCAACCUCGGACGCGAUCUGCGCCGCCUACGCGCGGUUCCCGGCGAACGACGUCCACGCCUUUGUAUCAAGCCACAUGCGCGAGACCUGCGUCCACGGCGCCCAGAACAUGGAGGCUUUGGUGCCGCCCUACGCGGCCGUGAUGGCGGCCGCCGACACGAAAGGCGGCCGCGAGCUCGGCGCGCACGUUUUGGAGGCGUUGCUGCCGGAUUUAGAAUCAGAGGGCAAGCGGCGGGGCAACGCCGCGGCUUUAUUAGCGGCGUUUUGCGACGUCGGGUUAUGUGGCGGCGAGCUCACGAUGUCGUACGCCGAAGCGUUGCGCGACGACGGCACGGCCGACGCGCUGGAGGCCUGCGCCGUCGUGGCGACGGGGAGUCGCGACGUCUGGCGUCGGAGUGAUUUACGAGGGCGCCUCAGCAAGCUCGCCCUCAAAGACGAGAGCGGCGACGACGCGCGGUUGCUCCAAGCCAAAAAUGCGUUGCGGACCGCGUGCGCCUCGAAGCCCGGCGACGUCUCGCGGUCGAAAUCAUUAAGAGCGGCGGUCGCGAGGGCCGUGCCAAAUGGCCGCGCGCGCGACGCGCCGCUCGCGCUAUCCUGGAGCGACCUGAGGAACGCCGAGGCGACGGGCCGCUGGUGGCGCCGCGGCGCGGCCUACGACCGGCACGCGCAGGACGCGCUCGUGGACGACGUCGCCCAGCGCCGCGCGGCGGCGAAAGCGCCAUCAUCAAAGCAGGAGCAGACCAUGCGCGCGCUGCGCCUGAACACGCCGGCGAAGCGCGCGGCCUUCGGCGGCGUCGCGGGCGCGGCCGACGCUCAUGAUGCCGCGACGGCGCUGCACGCGCUCUCCACAAAGCGCCUCUGCGACGACCGCACGGCGGCGGGCGUCCUCCAGACCUGCUGCGGCGGCGAGCCGACCUACAACCCGUUCUACGCCGCGGUCGCGAAGCUGCGGAGAGGCGAGUCAAAGGACUUCGCCUUCGGCCUGAAGCUCGCGUGCUGGGACGCCUUCAAGGCUUCCGAUGCUUCUGAAGAUGCGCGCAAAGCGGCGCGGCGGGCGGCGAACCUGGGCAAGUUCUGCGCCGCGUUGCUCGGACCCGAGCUGCCGUUGUCCGUGGCUUUUUCGAAAGUCGAGGCGCGGAGCCUGGUGGCCGACGCGGCCGUCAAGGUCGCCGUGCUCUCUGCUCUGCGGGGUCUGCUCGUGGAGGCUUCAGAUGAGACCUUCGCCGGCGCGUUGGCCAUGGAGCCGUCGCCCGGUGCCGUGACGGUCGCGCCAUUCGCGCAGACGCGGCUCAAGCGGCCCGCUGGCGCGGACGCGAGCGCGUGGGCGGCGCGCGAGGCGGAGCUGCUCGCGUGGUUUGAGGGGGGUGGGGAGGGGGGUGGGGAGUAAGUGUGUGUUUAGCCUGGCUCAACAAUGUUGCCACC